GGAGGGAGGAGAAAGAGGAAGGGGGGGGGGACAACGGCCAGAAAAUAGAUAUGAGCUCCGAUCACCCGCCUUUUCUCUGUCUGUCGGCAUGGUGGGCAGAGCUCACCACACGGGCACUGCGGCAGCCGGGGCCAGGGAGGGAACCAGCUUCUCAGCCUGCGUCGCCCGCCCUGAGCGUAGGGUUGAGGCCCAGAACCCAGUUCUGGGAUUGCCUGGGCAGAGGAAUCUUGGGUACAGGGGCAACUUCUUGCCCUCGGUUCUGGGAUUUGGGUUUGGGGAGCUUCUUUCUGAGAGACUGAUUCUUUCCUUUGGAGAGCGCUGGCUCUCCCAGAGGCCGGAGUCCAGGCCUCGCCCGGCCCCACGGGCUAGGAAAGAGGGACACAGCGGCAGCGGAGGAAAGUGAGGCCUUGGGGCAAAUGGAUGGGGGGCCCUGGGGGUCAAGUGGUACAGGGAGGCUCAAGCAAGGAGGAAAGAGCUGCUGAGAGCACUCCCCCCUCCCAGAGCCACCGGACCACCUGGAGGAGCCCCUCAGUGAUCAUGCCGGCCCCAGGGCACCGCAGGAGCCUGGGGGAGACUCGGCGGCGUGGACGCGUAGGCCUUGGAGGGGCUCCGAAGCAAAGAAGGGGCUGGAUGUGAGGCGGGCUGGUCCCAGUCCAGGUCAAAAAGCAGAGAGGGUGAGGAGGGUGAGGAGGGUGGAGGCGCCAGUGGUUUGUCUCCGGUUGGUAGGGAGUGGGAGGCCAGGCACCUUUAGAGUAGGACUCCAGAUCCUUUUGUUCACCAGACCCCCCACCUUCUAGAGGGGCAUGGGGCGUCUCUGCUGGCUGAACUUCCUCCUUGCGUUAGCAUUGGGAGAGAAAAGGCAGAGAGGCAACAGGGAGAGCACAGAGGUGGUGGUGACACACAGCUAGGGGAAAGGAAAAGAGAGGAUCAGGGGACAGAGAAAGGAAAGGAAACGAGGAAAGUAAGAGGAAGGAAGAAGGCAAGAGGAUAGAGAGUCAGAUGCUCUGCUGACUGAGCCAGCCAGACACCCCAAGGAGGCAAGAGGAAACAAGAGAAGGGAGUGUGAGAAGAGAAGACAGGAGAGAGAUGUGAGAAAACUGAAGGGAGACGAAGGAAGGAGAAAGAGAGACAGGAACACAGGAGAGAGGGCGAAAGAUCCGAGUGGGCACCGAGGCCCUGGCCUGGGUGAGCUCCUGGUAGGGUUUUGGCGUGGGUCUUUUUCUGAGGCUGGCACUCGCGUUCCCGGGGUCAGGAAUGGAGAGAGCCAAGUUAUUCCGCGAUAAACGCGCAGGGCUGAGAAAUAUGUAAAUCAGGGCUCCUCGCGCCCCGAGAGUGGCGCAGUUACGCCCCUUGAGCAAGAAGCAACAAGCUCCUGGCGGGCAAGCUGCAGAGGGUGGCGGCGUCGCGGGGGAGGGAGCGGCUGCAGGAAGAGGUGUGGGGGGUGGGAACCUCACAACCUCACACCUAGUCCCCUGUGCCCUGGGCUGGGGCUCCCCCCUCCGCUCUCCGCUUCUUUCCCUUCCCCCUUCCUCCCCCUUCCUCCCCCUCCCUCCUCCUCCCCGCCGGCUUCGGUCCGCGUACUUAAAGCGGCGCGGGCGGGCGGGCGCGGGCGGGCGGCCCAGCCGGGCGGUGGCAGAUGCACCCAGCAGUGGCAGCCGCCGGCGGCGCACAGGUGACCGGCCUGCGGCGCAGCCUGGUCAGAGGGCGCCCGGAGAGUGCCGGCUGGAGAGGGAGACCGAUCCGCCCCCAGCGCGCGCGUGUCUCGGCGCCAGGAGCCGUCCCGGGGCGUGUUGGCGAGAGCUGAUAUAGAUAUAAGGACAUUUCUCUCCAUGGCGUCACGUGACAUAAUUACCACCAGAAUCAAUCAAGAUGAAUUGCACGUCAGCGCCCGGUGGGGAUUUUUGCUUAGUUGAUCCUGGCCCAAGCCUCUUGUGCAAUCGAUGGCUCAGGUUGGCGGCGCGGGGAGCGGCCCGGGGCUCGCCGGCGCGCACGCCGCGGAGCCAUGAACGACUUUGAUGAGUGCGGCCCGAGCGCAGCCAGCAUGUACCUGCCGGGCUGCGCCUACUAUGUGGCCCCGUCGGACUUCGCCAGCAAGCCGUCGUUCCUAUCGCAACCGUCGUCCUGCCAGAUGACUUUCCCCUACUCUUCCAACCUGGCGCCGCACGUCCAGCCCGUGCGCGAAGUGGCCUUCCGCGACUACGGCCUGGAGCGCGCCAAGUGGCCGUACCGCGGCGGCGGCGGCGGCGGCGCGGGGGGCGGCGGCGGCGGGGGCGGCCCCGGCGGGGGCGGCAGCGGCGGCGCCGGGGGCUACGCUCCCUACUACGCGGCAGCCGCGGCGGCGGCGGCGGCGGCGGCGGCGGCUGAGGAGGCGGCCAUGCAGCGCGAGCUGCUCCCUCCCGCGGGCCGCCGGCCGGACGUGCUCUUCAAGGCGCCCGAGCCAGUGUGCGCCGCGCCCGGGCCGCCACACGGCCCCGCGGGCGCCGCCUCCAACUUCUACAGCGCUGUGGGCCGCAACGGCAUCCUGCCGCAGGGUUUCGACCAGUUCUACGAGGCUGCUCCCGGGCCCCCGUUCGCCGGGCCGCAGCCCCCUCCGCCUCCUGCGCCGCCACAGCCCGAGGGCGCUGCCGACAAGGGCGACCCCAAGACGGGGGCCGGUGGCGGCGGGGGAAGUCCCUGCGCCAAGGCGACCCCCGGCUCGGAGCCCAAGGGGGCGGCAGAAGGAGGCGGCGGCGACGGCGAGGGGCCCCCGGGGGAGGCGGGGGCUGAAAAGAGUGGCGGCACAGUGGCCCCCCAGCGGUCCCGGAAAAAGCGCUGUCCCUACACCAAGUACCAGAUCCGCGAACUGGAACGCGAGUUUUUCUUUAACGUGUACAUAAACAAAGAGAAAAGACUCCAACUCUCUCGGAUGCUCAACCUCACUGACCGGCAAGUCAAAAUCUGGUUCCAGAAUCGAAGAAUGAAAGAAAAGAAACUGAACAGAGACCGUCUGCAGUAUUUCACUGGAAACCCCUUAUUUUGAGAGCUCCAGGAAGCACCCCUCUCCCCGAGCCCCACUCACCCACCCUCCUCCCCAGCAACCUGCCCUCGGCAGGCCCAAUGUCCUUGGGUUUAAUGACGCCUCUUCUCUGUGGAACUCCACGAUUCCUUCCCACGGUCAACUCGGGACCUCCCAGCGACCACUGCUGCCUGCGGACGAGGCCGGGGACUUGGCCGAAUGGAUCCUAAUAAGGGGAAAAUGGUAAAUGCAAACGUCCCUUUACAAUUUUACCGCCAAUGUGCUGUUGUUCUCCCUCCCUCACUCUGAGUCCCCGUGGGGACGCUGUGGGAUCUGUAGAGAGUUUAGGCCGCUGGGUUGGUUGGAAGGCACUUGUUUUUGUUCUGAGUUUAAGGGACCCGACCUUCCCCCUUGGUGAAUGCAGAUUAUUUAAACUCUGGGAAAUGUACCUUUGGUCUGUCGUAUGGAGGCAUAAGUCACUGUGUUUUGUGUGAAUAAAUGGUUUCUAGUAAAAUGGAGGUUACAGCUUCAACACACUAUAUGAUUUUUUCCUCUUUAAAGAAGUUUAUUGUCUGAUUAGGGUAUUUUAGUAGCCAGAACCUUCUCCCAUAUGCAACUGAAAAUCAAGUGAAAUGCUUUUUGAUCCUGCUGAAAUAAGAGUAGCUCUCUCUCACCUUCUCUAGGUUACACUCAUUUUAAAAUUCACUUUAGAGAUGAAUUUCUGAAUCGAGGGUGGGACCCAGCCAUGCUGGUGCUCCUUCCUCCAGGCAAUGAGGCUGGGAGAGCAGGACCUAGGAAGGACGUCUCCUCCCCCCUAUUUCCCAGCUUAGUGAACUUGGAAUUUCUGAAAAGGCAAAAACCAUUAAAAAAAAAACUUGUUAGACAAUCCAAAUUCACUCUUAACAAGCUGUCAAGGAGCCAGGGUCCCCCCCCAAAAGAAACCAAGAUUAGAAACCUUCAUUGAAAAAAAAUAAUAAUUUACCAAAAGGAAGUUACCAAUGGUGGAGAGGGCUUGGGGUCCUUGCUAGUGUCACAGCGGGCCUGCAGGAGAGGAGGUAAGACCCCUCCCUGCAAUAGGGCCUGAGGCUGCAGACCCACUCCUCACUGCAUUUAUCGCUUCAAGUUAAAGAAUGUGGUGGGGGCUGAACAGCACUUUAUGUUGCAGGGCCAGGCCAGGCUGUUUACAAAACCUUGAACUGUCUAGACAACACCAUAAAAGCCAAAGUUCUAAACAGCUUAAUUGGGUUAUAUUAUACACCUUCUGGUGGGCCCAAAAGAGAUUUCCGCAAUGUGCAAUAAACUGUAGGAGUGAGAAAAGCAUCUCUUUCUCUGAAAAAAGUAAAGUGAAUCUUAUGACUCUUAACCUCUCCUAAGCCCAAAGUCAAAAACAAAACAAAACAAAACCAUAAGGUGUACAGGACCCCAUGCAUCUUCAGAGGAGGUAUGCAUUUCCAAAUGCAAAAUUUUUUUAAUUGCCAAAGUUUGGGGGGGGGGGAAGGAAAAACAUAAGUGCAUAAGUGUAUGCCUUUGAACUUCCAAAAUGUCAAGGUCAUCACCUUUAACCUUUCUGAAUAAUUAGGCGCCUUAAGGUUCUUCUGUGAUAUUCAGCCGCCACCCACUCUCACACACACACAUGCUUACACAUAUCCAGACCCCCACAUACAUUUAUGACCACACAGAAUCAUAACAGGGGCUCACCAUAAAUCUAAGCAAAUUCCUAAUUUCAGGAUCAAUAACCUUAAUUUCCCUUCAAACAUUUGUGUAAUUCGAUAGCAAUUGACUUCUUUUUUAAAUACUGGUUAGAUUAAAAUGUCUACCAGCAUGCUUUUUAUACAGCUGGUAUACACUGAGGUGGGUUUUUUCUGGGGGGGGGAGGGUGUCAUAGAUAGCAGUCCCCUUUGCUGUAAUGAAGAACCAUGACUUUAAAAGCAGGCGUCUGAAAGAGGAAGCUCUAGUCAGAUUUACACCUUCGCUAUAUUUGGGGGGGGGGGGAACUGUUGCCCCGUCAGAUAAAUUAUUGUACUUUAUGGAACAAAACUAAAAAUAUUUGUGCUGUUUUCUAAAGUGCCCCCUCAACCUUUGGUGAAAAUUGCAAGAGAAACAAAGCCUACAAUUGAAUAAUUUCGUUCGGAAGGGGAUUCCUUUGUGUGGAUUUCUGGACGUCCGUUAAAAUGUCAGUGCCCUAGUAGUAUGAUCGUUGCAGGAUCUUAAAACUGGUUUAUUUCUCUCUCUCUCCGUCUGUCUUUUUUUUUUUUUUUUUUUAACUGCGUCUAAAUGUAGCAAGCUUGUGUGUCCACCCUCUUAGGUAAGCCCAACCGAGAGAUACCGUUUCCCGUUUGCAUGGCCUUGGAGAGCCACACGGGGGCGUGCUCACGUUCCAGAAGCCGCGUUUGGCGGAAUAGGCCGCGGUACCGUAUCUUUCCAAUACUGGAUUCUAAUAGGCAAUCUCAGCCCGUUAGAAACCGGCGGCCCCUAAGGUAUUUGUUUGCUGUUUGUUUGUUCUCAGCAGCCACGAGGUGUGGGAAGUUGUAUAAAGAUAGAGAAAAGGGAGCUACCCGGAUUCCUGAAAUAGACAAUCACCUAAUCGUUGUCUUCCUAAAGAUAAGGCUGUCGCAAAGAAUACCGUAGUAUAACCUGGUGGUGUCGAGGAGAGAUUUUUUAGAAGACAAAUAUGUGCAUUUCGAAAUAAGCCAUGCCACUGCGAGUUAAUUAAAUUAGAGAAAACCAUUUUCUUGUUGGUUUGAGUAUGAAGAAGGAUACAGGGUAGGACCAACUCCUCCCCAAAACAGCAUCCGCCUGGUACGCUCUCCCGACCGCCUGAGAUGAUUAAAAGGCUUUUGUUUAAGACAGAUGAGGGCGCCGGCAACUUAGCUGAGUGUGGUCUCAGAGAAAAUGAGCCAUGAGCUGCGUUGGGACUGAGGGGGUCGUUCUGGGCGAGGGAGUGCCCCCCAGUCGAGCCGUGCCUGGCACCCGGUGAUGGGAGGCUCUGGCAGAACUAUGAGUUGGGGCGACAGGGUCAAGCUGGGCUUGGUGGCUGCGGGUAGCGGCAGACCAUCCCGGGGAAACAUUUACACUACAAGGUGGCAGAGAAUGGGGGUUGCAUUUGAAACAAACGAGCUUUGCCUUUGACAGAAUCCUGGACAUUCUCCCCAGCCGCCUGCUGGCCUUGAGCACGGAGUUUGAUUUUGGCACCAGCUCUUGGAAGCGGUUUUCUUGCUGCGUGUCCUCCUUGUGCCCCAUCCCCCUUUUGCAAAGCCCCUGACUUUGGGGAGGGCCUCUGUCACCAUCCUUGCCCAAAAGGGAGGUUCCAGAAGGGAGGGCUGCAGGACCUGGGCCGUUCUAAGGGAAGGUGGCCAUGCCUUCUUUCCCGAAGUUCAUUGUGAAGCGCCUCCAUCCCCCAGAAUUAGUGCUGGCCUCUUCGGCUCCGCUGUCUCUGUCUUCUUUCUCCAGACCCUAGACCAAAGGCCCUGGGUCCGCCCCUGGGAGCCGGCAUCAGCUUCAGUGGAGGCUGGGGCUCCACGAGCCCCUAAGUGAGGCGUCAGCCAGAGGCAUAGGUGUUCCCCGCGGGCACCCCUGACUCCUGUCUGUCUGACCGCGGGUCGCUAUCGUGAAGCGACAUUUCUCGGAGCCUGACCUGGGCCUCAGUCCAGGUGGGGCGAGAACUCUCCUCCCCAAAUGUCGUUAUGUUCCUCUUUAGGCAGCUGCAGCGGGGGUGCACGUGGCCUUUCGGGGGCGGGGGUCUCUUGGCCUUGGCUGGCAGCCUUCCUCAGACAACGGGGACUCGGCAGUCCACAGUUCCCUUCCUACCAGCAGCGCCCUACAUGGGCCUGAAAAAGGACAGAGGAUUGGACCAGGACUUAGGGGGGCUGCAGAGCCAACCCCACCUGACUGUUCAGAGCCGGUGGCGCUCGUGGAGUGUGGCCAUGUAUCUUGAGUCACCGAGGUCUCAGAUCCUGAAGUGGAGGGAAAGUGAGCCAAGUAGGAGUCUUUUGUGUCUGUAACGGAAAGAGGCUCCCCAGCGGCCAGCCUUUUUGCACAGUCUCCACACACUCUUCAUUGAGGUGGUGGUGGCUUCCACAGCCUCCCCACUUGCCCCCCUGAUUGCUUUUCACGUUGCCUGGGAGGUGCACGGUGCAACCCGGAGGGGCUCCCUGGGGAAGAAGCCUUUAAAAUUUGUCCCCAUCCGCUCUGCCCCCAAAGAGUGACACAGCCCUGAGGCCACUCAGAGCCCGAAUUCAGGGUGAACCUAGGAGUCCCCAGGUCUACUCAGGCCCAGGGUCACUGCUCUUCUUCCUGGUGACAGAGGAGCGCAGAUGCAAGCCACUUCUUGAUUACAAAUGCUAAUUUCUUGCUAAAGCGACCCUAUUAAUUUUUCUCUGGGAAGAGCUGUGCCAGGGAGAAGGAUGUCUCCGCACAAAUAUGGAUAUUCAUCUCCUUUAUAGCGCGAUAUUGAUUUAUUAUUAAUGGUAACUGCUCCAACUGAUCUAAAGAUGAUCGAAAACAGCAGCUAUGGACCUACAUCAAAUACUCGUAAGCAAAAUACAGGCUGGCCCCGAAAGCCACUGCCUUUUCAUUCCAUUUGCCCCAUGUUAGUUAGCCUUAGAGUCUUAGCCAGAUGUUCCAUCCUCCCAGGUCCAGAUCAUCCUCCUGUAUUCUUUCUAUUUUGCUCAAUUUUUAUGAUAAAAUCGCCCUGAAACACUGGAGUCUCUGGCCUCAAAGAACUGGUCUGAAGGCAGAUAUUUGAGAGAAUAAAAUAGAAUUUUGUGAUAAUAGAUUCAAAAUUAUAUCUGAUACACGUUUUCUGUGAAUGAAGAGGACCUAUUUAAAGCUUCCAGUGCGGGGGUGACUUAGAGCCCCAAGCCACUGAGAGUUGAAACAGAAAGGCCCCCAAAUUCGGAAGGCAGAUCUUGUUUGUUUUGGCUCACCGCUAGACCUACCCGCUCUGCAAGGAAUUGCUGGGUUUUCGCCUAAUGUUUUCUUCGUGUAUAAAUAAAGAUUAUGAAAGGGCAUUUGAUGGGCAUAAAAUUCCCGAUUAGAUUAAACAGUCUUGUCUCACGAGUGGGAUAGGGAGAAUUGGACAUCCGAGUUCCAGGCAGCUCCCCUGGCUGAGAUGCAAAGGGACGACAGUCCUGGAGCGCCAGGCUGGCGUCAGGGUGCCUGCCGAGAGUGUGUGCAGCGGGCACUUUGUCCAGCCUUGGGCACGCUUAACCGUGGCCGGGAUCAUGAUCUCCACCUUGUGAUAAAACCAUUUUGGGGGUGAUGAUCAGCGGCUGUUAGCUUUGAACAGGACUGUGGCAGGCUAGAGUGAAAAGUUGGAUUUUUUUUUUUUUUUCUCCUGCUUUCCUCACCGCCACCUCCCCAUCCUCAAGCUUAAAAUCAGCCACCCCUGCGGAAAGGUAAUGUUUAAACCCCGGGCUUCGCCAGCCGGCAUCCCGCAGCCGGAGCUGUUAGAGGCGCCAGGCUUUUAACCUGACAAUGAUGUUGUAUUUGAACAGCUGCGUAAAGGUUUAAAAGGUCUGUCUCAUUGCCACCGUGGAGUUUUUUAAAAGGGGUUAUUGUUUGGGCGAGGGCACUUAGAGGGGACAGGCAAAGUGGUCCCAAGGCCGAAAAUAAUGUUCAGCGCCUGUUUCCACCAGGCCAGGGGAGAUUCCUUUUGGGGAGGGGGGACAAAGGGUUUAUUGGAAAAGGUUUUUGUGAAGGAGUGAGCAGGCUCCUAGUUCCCCAAGAAUGCUGAGACGCGUUAAUGAGCAUCGGGCUCCAAAGAAAUGUUCUGCUGAGGCGGAAACCCAAUUUGCCCACAAGUUCAGUCUCUGGGCCUGAAAUCCAAGGCCAGCCCGCACAAGGCGAGUGUGGAGAGAAGAAAACACAGACGCCUUCCCGGACCGAGAGAAACUGGUUCCCAAUCAGGGUUUCUGGGGCCCUUUUCCUCUCUCAGAUGCUGGGAAGGGGAUCUGGGAAGCCCGAGGACGGCUCCUGUGCCCUGGCCCGGCCCCUCGCCUAGGGCAAGCCUUUGGAAAUCAAGGUUAAAGCUCCCCGCUGCUGCCCCGAGGCCGGGGCUUCCGAAGGGCGGCUCACCCGCCUGCAACCAGAGAACAAGAAAGGAAGUUGUUGGAGAAGUUUCUCAUAAAACUCUGAGUUUCCAUGGUGGUGAUGGUGGUUGUUCUUUAAUGAGCUCGACCACAACCCCAGACCAAAUCCUCUUUAUAGAACUUUCCGUCACCAAAGGAAACAGAGGACUAAGGUUCUCCCACCUCCUUUUUUUCUCCCUCCCCUUACCCAAGCAAACCGGUGUCAAAUAAUUUUAGGAAUUGUCCAAAACUAUAAAACUCAACUUCUGACAAAAGUAUAGCUUUUAAUAUUUGACGAUUUGUGUUAAAACAAAAAUUGACCUUCUUGGUUAGUAGCGAAGGGGAAAAAUCAAUAGUAUAAUUUUCAAUAAUUCAUAAAGCGAACGCCAUUAUGCUAAAUCUUAACUAUUAAUCUUAUCCUUUACAAAGUCUCGAUUGAUUUGUUAAUAAAAUAUCUUCCCGUGUGUGGCAACAGCGGGUAUAACUCUUUAAAAACCUCCAGAAGCAAGAAAAUUACCAAGUAGCCCAAGAAUGUAGAUGAGAAUUUUAUUGAUCGCCCUGAUUCUUCUUAAUAUGUAUUAAUAAAUUCCACAACCUUUUGUACCUU